AUGAAAUAUUUGCAUUUCAUCAUCUAAAUUAUUAUUCCUCCAAAUUAUCAUGGCAUCGUUGCUACUCCUACUGUUCCUUGCAGCAAUUACAGUGACUUCUCAAUCCUAUGGCUCAGAAUUCAGCAUCCCUCGCCAAAUCCACCUUCUUCGCCCGCAAUCCGGGGCGGCCGGCAGCCAUGUUCCCGGCGUAACUUGCCUAAGUUGGCGACUUGGUGUGGAAACUAACAAUAUUAUUGGAUGGAAAACAGUUCCUGCGGAAUGUGAAGGGUAUGUAGGGCACUACAUGUUAGGCCAACAAUACAGGGCGGAUUCUAAAGCCAUUACCGACGAGGCUUUUCUCUAUGCUCAAAGCCUCAAGCCGGACGGAGACGGCAAAGAUAUAUGGGUCUUUGACAUUGACGAGACUGCACUUUCAAACUUACCUUACUAUGCUGAGCAUGGAUUUGGGGCUGACCCGUACAACGCCACAUUGUUCAACAAAUGGGUUCUGGAAGGCAAAGCUCCAGCGUUGCCAGAGUCUCUGAAUCUUUACAGGAAACUACAAUCUCUUGGAAUCAAAAUAGUCUUCAUAACAGGAAGAACUGAAGACCAGAGAACUGUCACAACCAACAAUCUGAAGAAGGCGGGUUACCGUUCAUGGCUGAAGCUUGUACUCAAGGCAUCGUCUUAUUCAGGAAAAACAGCAGCUUUCUACAAAUCAAGUGAAAGGGCAAAGCUUGUGAGCAGUGGAUACAGAAUCGUUGGAAACAUAGGUGAUCAAUGGAGUGAUCUCUUGGGGACUAAUACAGGAAAUCGAACAUUCAAGUUACCCGAUCCAAUGUACUACAUUAGUUAAUUAUUAAUUUUAGUUUAUGCAGUUGGAUAUCAUUCCCCCACCAACCUAUUUCCAACAAAUUUUCAAUGUUACUUGUACUCAAAAAUUGACUCAA